GCGAGCGGCUGUGUGCUGGUGCUGGGCCAUGGCGCGCACGAAGCAGACGGCGCGGAAGUCGACGGGCGGCAAGGCGCCCCGCAAGCAGCUGGCCACCAAGGCUGCCCGCAAGAGCGCGCCGGCCACGGGCGGCGUCAAGAAGCCGCACCGCUACCGGCCCGGCACGGUGGCGCUGCGCGAGAUCCGGCGCUACCAGAAGUCCACGGAGCUGCUGAUCCGCAAGCUGCCCUUCCAGCGCCUGGUGCGCGAGAUCGCGCAGGACUUCAAGACCGACCUGCGCUUCCAGAGCUCGGCCGUCAUGGCGCUGCAGGAGGCCAGCGAGGCCUACCUGGUGGGGCUCUUCGAGGACACCAACCUGUGUGCCAUCCACGCCAAGCGCGUCACCAUCAUGCCCAAGGACAUCCAGCUGGCCCGCCGCAUCCGCGGCGAGCGCGCCUGAGUUCCGAACUGCUGCAGCCCUUGCUGGCCGGGCAUUGAGGCAACCCACGCAGACCCAAAGGCUCUUUUAAGAGCCACUACAUGCACAAUUAAAAGAGCUGUUGCGCUAUCUUGAAACAAGGUUUUAGUAGUUGCGUGAGGGGCGAAGUUUCAUGGUUUGGGAGGUGUCUUUACAUAAAGAAUCUUGGACUUUUGUAACAGCUGUUUCAUGAUACACAGAACAAGCCGCUAAAACUCAAUAUUUUAGGAUUCGAUUGUUAAAUUUCCAAUGAGCCCCGAGAAUGUUUUACGUAUUCUGGAGCCAGAUAGGUUUUUUGAUUGCAUCGGUUUUAGUUUUAGUUUUCAAAGCAGUGCUGAGCCCUUUUAUUAUGCAUGUAGCGGCUCUUAAACUAAGCCUUUGGGUCUAUGGGGGCUGCCUCCGUUCUCUGUCAGGCAGAGACUGAGCUUUUAAGAGCUGCCAAUUAUUUCAUUUGAAGAAUUUUCUGCCUUUCAUUUCGUACCCAUUAUUUACUUUUCCCUCUAGUAAGUCCUGUGUUUUUAAGUUCUACAUUUUUCAAGUGCCACUUGAAUAGUGUCCCUCGGAACCAGUUUUUCAUCAGUAUUUGCAGUUUUUCCUGUGUAUCUGAAUCUGAGGUCUUCAACCGAUUCUGUAAAACUAAAAAUGUCAGAAAAUUCAAAAACACCCAUAAGAGGGCAGCAGGUACUAACAAAUAAUAUGAAUGCUAUUUAGCUCUGAAUCCGUUAUCAAGCAAUUAUUUGGAAUCUUACAAUAAUAAACCUAAUUAAUAAGUGCUUAAGUAAUAUUUUGAGGUAUUUGUUUUAAACCAAUUUUAUUUUUCAGAUCGGAAAGACAAGUGUAGAGCUAAAAAAAAAGUAUUUCCCUAUAAUUCCCAAUAAAUUAAUGAAUUCUUGAAGACACCUUUGAAAUAUACGGUAAUUGUCUGUGGUAUGGAUACGAGGGAAGAGACCACGGCUGAAACCAGAGGCCGGGGGGGGAAGAGCAUUUUAACCAUUUUUAUUUUUACCUUUCAGAAAGGACUUUGGCGAACAGCACACAGUAGAUGGACGGUACAGGGGAGCUGCCCUUUAACUACCCGACAGUUGAAGCAACUCAUGCAUAACAGAUAAUAUAAAGGCUUGUCACUAAAUAUCUGGGCUCAGUAGGGAAAACAAGUUGCAAGCCUGAAAGACACAAAUAGGGUCUAAAUACGGUUUAUGUUUGUAUUACUGAACUAUAAAGUAGUUUUCAUUAUUCGGGGCUAAACAUUACUUACAAAACUAUUCAGAGUAUAUGCUA